UGACGCGGGGCCGGGCGGGCCGGGGCGAUGGCGGCGGCGGAGGCGCGGGCCGAGGGUCCCCCGCUGCCCGGCCCGCCGGGGGGCCGCCCGCGGCCCGUCUGCUCCCGCCCCUACUUCCUCGUCCUCAUGGUCUUCGCGCACCUCUACGUCCUCAACGUCCUGGGGCUGCUGCUCUUCGUGCACCUCAGCGCCGGCGAGCCCGGCGGGCCGCCCGCCGCCCCCCCGCCGCCGCCGCCGCCGCCCGCCCGCGCCCUCCCGCGCCUCGAGGGCAUCAAGGUGGGCCACACGCAGCGGGUGGAGCUGGUGCCCGGCAGGGCCCACGCUGUGCGCACCCUCAGCCUCAAGCCGCUCCUGUUCGAAAUCCCUGACUUCCUGACAGAGGAGGAGUGCAAGCUCAUUGUCCAUCUGGCAAAGCUAAAGGGACUACAGAAGAGCCAGAUCCUACCAACAGAGGACUAUGAGGAAGCCAUGGAAAUGAUCGAAAUUAGCCAGAUGGACAUUUUCAAUCUGCUGGAUCACAAUCAGGAUGGGCAGCUGCAGCUCAAAGAGGUGUUGACCCAUACCCGACUUGGGAAUGGCAGGUGGAUGACCCCUGAGAACAUCCGGGAGAUGUAUACAGCGGUCAAAGCUGAUCCUGAUGGGAAUGGUGUGCUAAGUUUGGAGGAGUUCAAGCAGUUGAAUAUCCGUGAUUUCCACAAGUACAUGGGAAGCCAGAAAGUGAAGAUGAGUGACUUGGUGCGCAACAGCCAGCACACCUGGCUGUACCAGGGCGAGGGGGCACACCAGGUCAUGAGAGCCAUUCGGCAAAGGGUAAUGCGCCUCACUCGCUUGCCCCCCGAGAUCGUGGAGCACAGCGAGCCCCUCCAGGUUGUGCGGUACGACCAAGGAGGGCACUACCACGCCCACAUGGACAGCGGCCCCGUGUUCCCUGAGACUGCCUGCAGCCACACAAAGCUUGUUGCCAAUGAAAGCGCUCCCUUUGAGACCUCCUGCAGGUAUGUCACCGUGCUGUUCUACCUGAACAAUGUGACUGGGGGAGGUGAAACAGUCUUUCCUAUCGCUGAUAACAGGACGUAUGAAGAGAUGUCUUUGAUCCAGAACGACAUUGACCUGCGAGAUACUCGGAAAAACUGUGACAAGGGCAAUUUGCGAGUGAAACCUCAGCAAGGCACUGCUGUCUUCUGGUACAACUACCUGUCAGAUGGAGAAGGCUGGGUGGGGGAGCUGGAUGACUUUGCUCUGCACGGGGGCUGCCUGGUCACCCAAGGCACCAAGUGGAUCGCCAACAACUGGAUCAACGUGGACCCCAACCGCCGGCGGCAGCAGCAGUUCCAGCAGGAGAUGGAGCGCUUUGCGGGGUCUGAGGCGGGGGCCGGGGCCGGAGCCCCUGGCGAGUGGACAGUGGACAAGGCCUACAGCGGGGUGCACCUGGAGCUGUAGUGCCGGGAAUGCUGCUGCGUGCACGUGACCUUUUCCCGCGCAGGGCGGGGGGGGGCGGGGCCGCGGGCCAAGUGCGCGGCGGGGCCGCGUCGCGCGCCAAUAAAGCGUGGAGACACGGG